UGUAUUCGUCCCUUCUUGCGCUUCACAUGCUUCCUGCUUCUUAUGCAGGGGUGGACUGUGGAUGGGUGAAGACAAGUUGGCUUCUGCUUCAUAUUUGGGUCAGUUUGAACAUUUGCAAACAAGUUCGCUUCGAUCAGGCAAAUAGAGUGUUCAAGGAGUGCAGUGAAAAAGAAAAGUGAGAAUACGAGUUAGAUUCUCCAUUGUUGAGGCCCACGCAAUGGAUGUAUAAAAGACACCUUAAGCUCACAAAACCUAACACCAAGCAAACAGCAACUAUUACUUACACCACCUCACAACUCCACUUCCUCCUUGUGAAGAUGAACAGGAAGCCCGGAGACUGGACCUGUAGGUCCUGCCAACACCUCAAUUUCAGCCGCCGUGAUUCCUGCCAACGGUGCAGCGACCCGCGGCCGACCGGAGGUGACCGCUCCUCCGACUUCUUCAGCUUCGGCAGUGGCGGCGGCGGCCGCGGGGGCUCGUCCUUCGGCUUCAUUGGCUCCGACGUCCGCCCCGGCGACUGGUACUGCUCCUGCGGUGCCCACAACUUCGCCAGCCGCUCCAGCUGCUUCAAGUGUGCCUCCCUGAAGGAGGACUCCGCCGUCGGCAGCGGCGGCAGCUUCGAUGGAGACACACCGCGGUCACGGGGCUACAGCUUCGGAGGAGGCGGCGGCCGUGCUGGGUGGAAAUCUGGCGAUUGGAUUUGCAACAGGUCGGGCUGCAACGAACACAACUUUGCGAGCAGAAUGGAAUGCUUCCGCUGCAAUGCGCCAAGGGAUUCUGGCACUGAAGUCUGAGAAGAAUCAAAGACGAAACAACGACGAAGAGAUGAAUGAAUGAGAAGAAAUCUGAAUUACUAGUUUUGUUUUGCUUUCUUUGGUUUCGAAGUCUAUGUACUUGUACUACCGAACUAGUGUGUCGCUGCACCUUAAUUUUCUACUUAAUUAGUGUCUUCGAUCGCUUUGAUAUUUAUGUUCCUUUCUAUCUUAUUGUUAAUGCGAGAUCUCUGUUCUAGUAGCA